AUGAAAUUACUUCAAAAUAUGACAUUUUCAAGAAAUUUUGCAAAAAUUUUUGUUCCAUUGUAUUCCGGACGUCAUUUUUGUACGAUAAUACCGGAAGGAGCCAUGCAAAUGACUGAUGAAUUCAACAUUAUUUCAAAAUCAUAUGGCAUACAAAGUAUAGCACCCGGGGUACAACGUAUUUUACUCAUUCAUCCACGAUUACGUCGAGGACGUUUCUUUGAUUUAAAUCCAGAGAGAGCUAAGCUACAAUUGGAAGAAGCAGUUGCAUUGGUCAAUACUUUGCCCAAUUUCAAAGUUAUGGAAACAACUGCGGUAAGCACCGAUCGCUCUACUAAAAAGAAACGUCUUUGGGGUAGUGGACGUAUUCAACGAAUAAUUGCUCUCAAAGAAAAAAUCUCUGCUACAGCACUAAUGAUUGAUGUUGAUAUUUUAUCACCGAAGCAACAGGCUGAAUUGACAUCAAUUUUUCGUACUCCAAUAUAUGAUCGUUACAAUAUAGUAUUGCUCAUUUUUAAAAUAUUUGCAAAAACAAAGGAAGCUAAAUUGCAAAUUCAACUUGCUGAAAUUCCUUACAUAAGGCAGCGAUUAUUAUCUAUGUAUGAAUUGCAUGUGGAUCCAUCUCUUCUUCAUCUCGAUACAUCCGAGAAAUCAAAAGCCGAAAGACUAGAAGUUUUACGAUAUCGUGAGCAACAUUUACGAAAAUGUUUAAAAGCUGCAGUAGAAGAGAAAGUUAAUUUGCGAAUUGGCGAAGCUCAGAAAAACAUACGAACAGUGGUUGCUGUAGUUGGAUAUACAAAUGCUGGUAAAAGUUCACUAAUUAAAAGAUUAACAGGACGAAAUUUAUAUGUUGAAGAUCGUUUAUUCGCUACGCUGGAUACAUCACUUCAUGUUUUUCGGUUACCAUCCGGUUUACCAAUACUUUUUGCCGAUACAAUUGGAUUCAUAUCGAAUCUACCUACCCAGUUACUUGCAUCUUUUCAAGCUACGCUAAAUCAUGUUGCAAAUGCAGAUUUAUUGUUGCAUGUAGAAGAUGUUUCAAAUCCUGAUUAUCUUACACAACGUAAUGUUGUCAUGAAAACAUUAUCAGCACUAAAAAUUCGAAAUGAAUUAUUAAAAUCAGUGAUUCGGGUUGGAAAUAAAAUUGAUAAGUUGUGUCGAUUACCUCCUAAUGAAUCUAACACAUAUUUUGUCUCUUGUGCUGAUGGCCGUGGAUUUGUUGAGUUGUUAGCUGCUAUCGAUAAGAGAGUGCUAGCAAUCAGUGGUGUAACAAUUCGUCGAUUGAAAUUACGUCCACAUUCAGAAGCAUUUUCAUACUUAUGUAAAUAUUCCUUUCUUGUUGGUCAACCGAUUCCAUCGGAAGACAAUAAUUAUUUGCUAUGUAAUCCUAUUAUUGCGUUACAACUAAAAGCCAAUAUGGUGAAUGUAACUUCAUUGCAACCAAUGGGUGAUUGGAGCAAAUUUCGAUGGCAUUUAAAGUUAAAAUGUACGAAUUGUGGUGAGGAACCGGCACAUUGGCAAUAUGUUGUUGAAGAGGAAAAGUUUAAUAUGCCUGGAAGCAGAGGAGUUGCAAAUAUAUUAGGAAAGUGUAAAUUAUGUAGCAGGAUAAAUUCGCUCGAAAUUAUCAAAGAUUCAUUUCAACCGUAUACAAGCAGUGAUGAUUACAGUGAAUUGAUUAAAUUUGAUUGUCGUGGCUUGGAACCAACUGAUUUUGAUCCACGAUCGGGAUGGCAAGCUAUUGGAAUUGAAUCAGCAACUGUUUUCGAAAAUAUUGAUCUUACUGAAAAGGAAUGGGUGGAUUACGAUGAGAAAGCAGCACAACCAACUGAAAUUAAUGAAAUUCAAUGUCGGUUUGUGUUUUGCCGAAAGCAAUAA